UAAUUAUCCGGAUCAUCUUGUUGAAGAUCCUGUCCAAAUAUUCCUUCUUCUUCUUUUCUCAAUCUCCAUUAACCCAAUCUUCUCUCUCACACACAAACACACACACACAACUUCCCACUCUCUCUCUACACAGAUCCGAACCAGAGACCCGAGUAUUCAAUCAUGCGGUGAUUUUUUUUUUUUCAAAUCCCCAAUUUUUAAUUGAUUUCGAGCCCCAAUUUUUUAAUUGAUUUCGAGCCCCAAUUUAUUGAUGUCUGCGGGUGUGGAGGAGCGGCAUGCGAGCUUCCCAGCACCAGCUUCUGCUGCUUCUGCAACAAUGGCGCCCGGACCCAAGGAUCCGCAGACCGGGUCCGGAUGCUGCAACCCGGUUAAGAAGCCCGGACCCGUUUCGCUGGACCACGUGCUCUCCGCGCUGCGGGAGACGAAGGAGGAGCGGGAAUCGAGGAUUCGGAGUUUGUUCGGGUUCUUCGACUCGAACAACGCCGGGUAUUUGGAUUCCGCCCUAAUCGAGAAGGGGCUAUCGGCGAUGCAAAUCCCGGCCGAUUACAAGUUCGCGAAGGAAUUGCUGUCGGUGUGCGACGCGAAUCGGGACGGUAGGGUUGAUUAUCAGGAGUUCAGAAAGUACAUGGAUGAUAAGGAGCUGGAAUUGUACAGGAUUUUUCAGGCGAUCGAUGUUGAGCACAAUGGCUGUAUUCUGCCCGAGGAGCUGUGGGAUGCUCUUGUUAAGGCUGGGAUUGAACUAGACGACGACGAACUCGCAAGUUUUGUCGAACACGUGGACAAGGACAAUAACGGAAUUAUAACUUUCGAGGAGUGGAGAGAUUUUCUGCUUCUCUACCCACACGAAGCCACCAUAGAGAACAUCUACCGCUACUUCGAAAGGGUCUACCUAGUCGACAUAGGCGAGCACGCCGUAAUUCCCGAGGGCAUAAGCAGACACGUCGAUGCAUCCAAGUACCUAAUUGCUGGAGGAGUCGCCGGAGCUGCCUCUCGCACCGCCACAGCGCCGCUCGACCGCCUCAAAGUUAUCCUCCAAGUCCAGACCACACGGGCCUCGAUCGGGCCCGCAGUGCAGAGCAUAUGGAAAGAAGGCGGCCUUUUAGGGUUUUUCAGAGGGAACGGGAUAAAUGUGUUGAAGGUUGCACCGGAGAGUGCCAUUAAGUUUUAUACUUACGAGAAGCUGAAGAGUGUGAUCGGAGAUUCGAACGGCGAUAUAGGGACUUUAGGGCGGCUUGCCUCCGGUGGACUCGCCGGAGCGGUGGCUCAGACUUCGAUUUAUCCGAUGGAUCUUGUGAAGACGAGGUUGCAGACUUACGUUUGUGAGAGUGGGAAAGUUCCGAAUUUGGGGAAAUUGUCGAGGGAAAUAUGGGUUAAAGAGGGGCCGAGAGCACUUUAUAAAGGGCUGAUUCCGUCUCUUCUUGGAAUUAUUCCUUACGCGGGAAUUGAUUUGGCUGCGUACGAGACGUUGAAAGAUAUGUCCAGAAAACAUAUCCUUCAAGAUGGAGAACCCGGUCCUCUAGUGCAGCUAAGUUGUGGGACAGUUUCAGGAGCUCUCGGAGCGACAUGUGUUUAUCCGUUACAGGUUGUAAGAACAAGAAUGCAAGCUGAACGUAUUCGAUGUAGCAUGUCGGAAGUAUUUAGGAGAACAUUUCAAAUGGAAGGUCUUCGGGGAUUCUAUAAAGGGAUUUUCCCGAAUCUUCUCAAAGUUGUACCCUCGGCAAGCAUAACCUAUCUCGUUUACGAAGCCAUGAAAAAGAGUCUAGCACUCGACUAAUUGAUGAUCGACACAUGGCAUUUCUUGAUGAUGAUGAUGAUGAUGAUGAUGAUAAAUGAAUAAAAAUAAAGUUAUAUAUAUUUGUCGAAUUAGUGAUCAUUCUUGAGGUUGUUAUACCUUGGAUUUUGAUUGUUCUAGAGGAUAGCUUUAAUCGGUUGAAGCUAUCUUCUAGGAUUUUAACUUACUAACAAGCAUUAAGAUUUUUAAGGAUAUAUACAUAUAUAUGUUGUCUCUAUAUGUUGAGUAAUACUAGGUACAAAUUGGUGUAUUCUUUUUGCCCUAUAGGUACAUACAAAAGAAAUACCAAAUCUGCGGAAUUAGUUUUUUUUUUUCCUUUCCUUUUUCCGGUUGUACUAUCGUACACGGUAAGUUGUCGAUGUAUGGUUACUCUUUUUGGUGGAUACGAAGAAGUUUAAAAAAAAAAACCCGGGAUUAUUAUUCUG